UUCUGAGGGGUAUUGAGAGGAUGAAAGAAUUGAAUCCUAGAUCUUCCUUGGAAAAAGCUCAGGAUGUCAGUGUAAUGGGCAAUUAUUAUUUUUCUCGGGCACAUAUGUUUAUCACUUGCUAUAUCUACUGUCUUGUAGGAGCCCAGUGUGUUGAUCUUGGGAACUCUUACAUAUGUCAAUGUCAAGCUGGAUUUACUGGAAGGCACUGUGACGAUAAUGUGGACGACUGUGCUUCCUUUCCUUGCUUGAACGGUGGGACUUGCCAAGAUGGGAUCAAUGACUAUUCUUGCACCUGCCCCCCGGGAUACAGUGGAAAGAACUGCAGCACUCCUGUCAGCAAAUGUGAACAUAGCCCUUGUCAUAAUGGAGCCACUUGCCACGAGAGAAACAACCGCUAUGUUUGUGAGUGUGCUCGAGGAUAUGGAGGUCACAACUGCCAGUUUUUGCUCCCAGAACCACCUCCAGGGCCAGUCAUUGUUGACAUCACUGAGAAGUAUACUGAAGGUCAGAGCUCCCAGUUUCCUUGGAUUGCAGUGUGUGCUGGAAUUAUUCUGGUCCUGAUGCUCUUGUUGGGCUGUGCAGCCAUUAUUGUCUGCUUCAGACUCAAAAUGCAGAAGAGGCAGCAUCAGCCUGAUGUGUUCAGAAGUGAAACUGAGACCAUGAACAAUUUGGCCAAUUGCCAGCGGGAGAAGGACAUUUCCAUAAGUGUCAUUGGUGCGACCCAGAUUAAGAACACCAAUAAAAAAGUAGAUUUUCACAGCGAUCAUGCUGACAAAAAUGGCUACAAAGCCAGAUACCCAUCAGUGGAUUACAAUUUGGUUCAUGAACUCAAGAAUGAGGACUCUGUGAAAGAAGAGCAUGGCAAAUGCGAAGCCAAGUGUGAAACAUAUGAUUCAGAUGCAGAGGAGAAAAGCACAGUACAGCUAAAGAGUGAAACCUCUGAAAGGAAACGACCAGAAUCUGUAUAUUCCACUUCAAAAGAUACAAAGUACCAGUCGGUGUAUGUCAUAUCAGAAGAAAAAGAUGAAUGCAUUAUAGCAACAGAGGUGUGAAGAAAAGGCAAUACGGCAAAAUUGUUAUUUCUGAAACAAUUUUCCAAGGUAAUAAUGCCCCAAUGAAUGCUGCUGAACAAGGAAAGGGAGAAAGAUUCCUUCACUGACUGCUGCUGAGAAACUAAAUUCAGGCUGAGCUGGUUCUCUACUGAAGUUAGCAAAAGUGACUGCAAAGAAAACAUGGUGGACACUAGGCCAGGGUCUGUGUUCAAGGAUACCUGUUGCACUGCCUUUUAUGAAUAUUUAUCAUUGCACUAUGGUCAGUUGCUUUUUUCUAUAUAUAUUUAAUGAAUGGACUUAAUAUCUGCAUAAGAAACAUGCACUCCCGGAAGUGUAUAUUUUGGAUUCUUAUGAGCCAGUUGUUUCUUGAAUUAGAGAUACACACAUUGCCUUUUUUGGUCCUUUUUUAUACUAAAAAUGUGUUUUUACUAGGUGGGAAAGCGUGUUAUUUUUUUUUAAUCUGUAAAAAAAUUAUUUUCUGGAUAUUUGUAAAGCUUGAGUAUUUUGUGAUUUUUUUAUAAUUUAAAUUUUUGGUAAAUAUGUACAAAGGCACUUCGGGUCUAUGUGACUAUAUUUUUUGUAUAUAAUGUAUUUAUGGAAUAUUGUGCAAAAUGUUAUUUGAGGGUUUUUUACUGUUCAUGAUGAAAUUCAUUUUUAAACUAUUUUUCCAAAAUAAAUAUUAUUAAUGAUA